UGAGCUAGGACCGCGACGAAGUCAGUUUGAUGUUGUGUCAAUAACAGAACGGUGAGGUUCUAUUGGUCUACGCACACCAACAGCAAACCGACUUCACCACUGUGAAUUGGAGGGGAGAUUGUCCAGGACCAAAACAAGCCUCUGCAUAGAAAGUGGUAGAAGCAGCCUCUACUAAUGACCGACAAAGAGGAGACUAUGGAGGUUUCUGACAGUCCGCCAUCAGAGAAGAAGAAUGGACGAACCUCGUUGCUGGACAGCGGGGAAGACUUUGAGGUGGUAGAUGAAGAAGACAUUGACGACGACCCCCCUCCUCUGGAAGAUGCCGGUGGUGGGAAGGGCAAACACGCAGAUGAAUCUGAAAAGGAAAAAGAGGAGACAGGUCCCUCUGCCCCUGUGGAGGAGUGGCUGGAUGUAUUAGGUAAUGAUCAGCUGAAGAAAAAAGUCCUGGAAGAUGGAGAAGGGAGAGACAGUCGACCACAGAAAGGACAAAAUGUUAGGAUCAAUCUUAAAACAUCCCUGACAGAUGGGAAACUUGUAGAGGAGCAGCAUGACCUCUCUUUCACUCUUGGAGAUGGAGAUGUUAUUCAGGCUCUGGAUCUCUCAGUGCAGCUCAUGGAAAAGGGGGAGAAGGCCCUGAUUCAGACUGAUGCAAAAUAUGCAUAUGGUGCUCGGGGCAGCUAUGAACCUGAGAUUCCCCCAAAUGCUCCGCUGUGCCUAGAAGUGGAACUGAAGGAAGCUACUGAUGCCCCAGACCUGGAAAUGCUGCCCCCAGCAGAAAAGAUUGCACUUGCUAGCCAUAAGCGGGAGAAGGGCAACGUUCAUUAUCAGCGUGGAGAUUAUGCCUUUGCAGUCAACUCUUAUAGCAUUGCCCUGCAGGUAGCAGAGUCUAGCUCUAAAGUUGACAUCAAUCCUGAGGAGGAAAAUGAGCUGAUUGAUGUAAAAGUGAAAUGUUUAAACAACAUGGCAGCCUCUCAGCUGAAACUGGACCACUAUGAUGCAGCACUCAAAUCUUGUGUCUCAGCACUGGCACACCAGCCAGACAACAUAAAAGCCCUUUUCCGCAUGGGCAAGGUACUAGCUUUGCAAGGGGAAUACACAGAAGCCAUUCAAACUUUGAGGAGAGCACUAAAGUUGGAACCCAGCAAUAAGACCAUCCACGCAGAGCUCUCCAAGCUGGUGAAGAAAAACUCAGAGCAGAGAGGAGCAGAGCAGGCCAUGUAUAAAAAGAUGCUGGGUAACCCUACCAGUGGCAGCAGCACACAGAAACACAGAGCCAAGUCUUCAUGGGGUCUCAGCUGGAAGUGGCUGUUUGGUGCCACUGCUGUAGCCAUUGGUGGUGUAGCGUUGUCCGUUGUCAUAGCUGCUAGAAAUUAACCAAACUUUCCUGACCAAGCUGCUACAAUGUGAGAGAAGAAACACAGAAGCACAUCAUCUGAAUGUGGGCCAAAGGGGGUAAAAAUGUCAGAUGGUCAGUUGCUUCCUCACUGUCACUCUCUUUUCUCUGCUAUGUUUGAGAACUGUGUGACUAAUAAUAAAACAUCAAUAUUUGCAUAUGAACACUGUUCUCACUUAAAGAACAUUAAGGUUUAUGCAUAUAUAUACGUAUAUAUAUAUAAGGAUGCCAGACACUGUUUUCUUCUGCUGCCAUUGUAUUUGUCUUUGGUAGAUAAUGAUUGUUUGCAUUAAAUGAAAAAUAGUUUACCAUAGAUUCAGAUAGAGGGAGUUGAAAUGUUAAUUUUCCGAUUCAAAAUAGCUAUGUUUUUCUGUUUUAUAUUAUGCUAUAGUUUAAAAGCAAAAUAUUGUACAGUUAAUUUAUAAUUUCCCAUAAAGAAAAUGUAAUUUCACUUUUUCUCUUUACACUACAAUGUUUUAUGUUUUCUGGCUUAAUGAAGAUGCUUUUUUUUUUACUUUGCCUGUUGUUCUCGCUUUAACAACCUCUCUAUAACCAUCACAUAUAACCUGCCAGACCAGACAAAAAACACCCAAACAAUGUUAUACAGUACAGCAGACAGAUAUUUUGAACCUGUAACUAAAAUUGUAUCCACUUUCUAAAUGUACACAAAGGAAAAUAAAUUACAAGAACAACCUCACAACAAUAUAGUUAAGCAAAUGCGCUGCCUCAAAGGGUAAUGACAAUCAGACACAGCCUAAACAACAAAACUGUUUCAUACAUAAACAUGACGGUGUGUAUUUGAUUUCAAUUCAUAGCUGGAGGUUGAGGGAGCACUGCUGUGAUUUGGUCAUGGCCUCAAGCCAAAGAUAAUCACAGCAGGGCUAAUAUUCAGAACGACAUCUCGACUUAAAGCUCGAUAUUGCUUUUAUACAACAGUUAUACUACCAGCACAUUAGAAAAUAACAGAAAACAUUAGAAAAUAACUACAUAAUUUUUUUUGGCUCCAUUAACUCAACUAGUUCCACAUCUCAACUAUAAUCCGACUUGUUGCCAAUCAACCCAACAAUCUACUGCAGUCAUGCUACUUUGUUUGUGUCCAUGGUUGCUUCUGGCCAGCAAUAUAUUUUGUGUACAUUUAUCUGUAUGCUUUUAUUGAUCAUGCUGCAAGAGAAAUAAGAGUCUAUUUUGUGAUUCAGAAGUACCGGCUUCAUAAAUCAGGACAAACUCUGUCUGCUCUAAUGUUUACUUGUGGUAUUCAUAACAUCUGGUGAUACACAAAAGUCACAGUGAUGUUGUUCUCUACUGACUCAUUGAAUUCCUCUUGUCCAAUCAAAAUACUCGGUCGGAACUAGCAGUCAUAUAAUCCUGGUUAAUCAUGAAUAUAUACAAAGCAGAAUCAGCUAGAUUUACUUUAUUUUCAACAUUUGUUCUAUAACUAGUUUCUUGUUGACAGAGAUGCAGUUACCUGUGCACUCACAGAUAAUGGUUCAUAGAGUAUUUUUCCAGUAAUGUGGCUGUUAAAUAUGCUGAAGUAUGCUUUAUUUUAAUUAUUAAAUCUUAGUCAUUAUUACCUCAAUUAUUGAUGAUUGAGACCAAAUGUUGAAGGCAGUCCCUUCAGGUCCAAGUUUGGGUUUGUAUAUUUUUUUCUUUCCCCUUCUUUUUCACCGGUGUAGUUUUCCUUUGAUUAUUAUCCCUUAUGUGUUUAUUUAUUUCACAGUUUUUGAUUAUUGCUUUCUAAAUAACAAUUAAUAUGUUGCCAACAAAUAUCUGGCUCCUUCAGAGUACAUGAAAGUUCCACGGACCAAAAUGUCACUUUAACUCUUAACUGAAUGAAAAAUGAAGUGUUCAUUGCAUAUCCUGGCAUUCCCAGCAUUUGUUGGUUUUAUAAAACAAUAAAAUGUAUCACACUUAAGUUUA